AUGGACAUAGAGCCCGGGAGACCGUCUGCUGGUGCUGGCCCCUCUAAGACGUCUUGCGCUCGCGCUCCCUCCAACGAGGUCGAGCGGGCCAACUCACACCACAACCGUGAUUCCCAACUCAGCGAUGCGAAGCUCCCAUGUGGAUACUCUUUCGAGACCCCUGCACCAGAGGGUCACGACGAUUUUGACGACGUUGAUAUCAAUGAACCCGAUGAUCGCUCCCCGCCUCAACAGCAAAACGCGGUUGACCACCAGGUUGUGGCAUUUUGGUUCUCCACCACCCGCCCUGUUCCUCGCUCUCGUGAGUUGCGUAAAGUCUUCAAAGCUAACCUUCUAGAAGUCGUGGGCAUGAGCAAGGAACAACUGAACACCUUAUACCCACCUAUAAAAGCAGAAAACAACGUCCUCGCCACGCGGCACCUGGACCUUACCUGCCAGGGCGACCCCAGCAUGCGUGGCACCGAUGCAGUGGUGCGCACCCUUGCCAACAUCAUUGCAACAUUCGGGCCUCAGCGUGUUCGCGCCGACGUCGAGUCCGCAUCUCUUAACCGCCUCCUCAAUCUGGCCGCAGUCGUCGAGCAGCAGGUCGAAACCCCAGAAAUCUGCAGCCACACGCGGACCCGCACCCUCGUGCUCCACCCGCGCCAAGCUGCAGAGUACCUGAGGCGCCAGCGGCCUGCUUGUCCCGGUGCAUUCCCACCCGCCCUUGUCGACUGCGAGGAAGCUGCGAAGCAAGGAGCUCUCCUGCACACCGGCUAUGUCCGUGACCUGCUCGAAUUCGUUCAGCGUCACGACUUGGUCCUUGUGUACGAGAACCAGUUUGUCAGCGCUUCUGAUAAUGUCACGUUUGCUGCCGACGAGACGCAUGUGGUCCUCGACACACGCUCGGCAGCCGACGCGCACGUCCUACACAAAAUACGCACCCUUGCCAGGAGACGGCACGGCACCGACUUCGCUCAUCCAGACUCAGGCUUCGACCUAGUCAACCCACAGCCCUGGCGAGCGUCGUCUGUCCAGCUUGACGGUGCUGCGCGCAUCGCUGCUGUCACGGCCACGCUCCGCCGAACCUCACCGCCGACGACCGUACCGGCCGAGGCACUCCCCUUCAACAAGGAUGCCUCGCUUCACGUUAUCCGUCAACUGGGCACCAAGCUCCAGCACCGGGUCCUUGCGAUGCCGCGCUCCACAUCCGCAGACCUCAGUGACCCGGUGACCGUGGACCAGCCACUGGUCCUCAACCGCGUCAAGGUCGUCAAUGCCACCUUCCGCGCUUGGGCCGGCACUCCCCAGCAGUGUCGCCAGAAGCAAGCCGAGCUUGCUGGCAGUGUGGUGCCACGAGAGCGCACAAGCGCCAGCGACGCCUAUGCCGCCGGAAUCGACUGCGGCGGGCGACUCUUCCCGAAGCGUGGAGGUUGUCUAUUGACCCUCUUCCCCACCUGGGCCAGCCACCACUUGCCUCACUUUACAGCCGUCGUGUGGUCCAUCGAGGUGGACGGCAUCAUGUACAACUCCUUUGUGCAUGUGUCGAACAACGCAGUUGCAAUGAUGGCUCUCACCUCGCUCAAGCUGAACGCGGAUGGUACCGUCGGCUCGAUCCUGCCGGCCGUCUCACAGCCUGCUCCCGGCAACAAGAUUCGCCGCAUUCGCUACAACCUUGUGUUCAGCACAAUCGAGCAGUGGUUUAUCGACCAGCUUGUUCUAUGGGAAAUGGGUUCCAAGCUGUUCAGCGCACUUGGCGCCCAUGCGGCCAAGGUCGCCCGUAUCGUGGGCCUCAAGGACACCGACAUACUCCGUCUCUUCCAGCUCAGCCGCAAGGGUUAA